UCGCGCUAAAAAGGACUGUCGAAACCCUUUCAGAAUCUCACUUUCAAGUUUGCCGCCGAAAGCCACCCGGCCACCGUCCACCGUCCACCCACCACAGUCCUCUCUCUCUCUCUCUCUCUCACAGUAAGAGAGAUGCUCGGUCUGACUGCCUCUCCGGCCGCCGCAACGCCACCUAACUCCACCACCACCACAAAUUCUUGUCUUAUUCCAAACACCACCAGUCUUCUCCUGUUAUCCUCCAACGCCCAAAUACGAACCAAUUCCUCCUUCUCUUUCACGUGUUGCUCAGGGAGGAAUUUGCACUCAAGUUGCAGAACAAUUAAAGCCAUGGCGGCGACUGAGGAGACCCUUUCAGUCACUAACCCUCCCUCGCCCCUUUCUGGUGAUAGGCAGGCUCUGAUAUCAUUGUCAGACAAGAAGGAUCUUGCUAUCUUAGGGAAUGGCCUUCGGAACUUGGGAUAUAAAAUUGUUUCGACUGGAGGAACGGCAUCUGCUUUAGAAAGUGCUGGCCUGCCCGUCACUAAGGUGGAACAACUUACUUGUUUCCCGGAGAUGCUUGAUGGUCGUGUAAAAACUUUACACCCCAAUGUGCAUGGGGGUAUCCUUGCUAGAAGAGACCAAAAGCAUCACAUGGAAGCUCUUAGUAAGCACGGAAUUGGUACAUUUGAUGUAGUUGUGGUGAAUUUGUACCCCUUUUACGAGAAAGUUACUUCAACAAGGGAAAUAGAGUUUGAAGAUGGAAUUGAGAAUAUAGAUAUUGGUGGUCCAGCCAUGAUAAGAGCGGCUGCAAAGAAUCACAAAGAUGUCUUGGUGGUGGUUGAUUCAGAAGACUAUCCCGCACUUCUAGAGUUUCUUAAGGGAGACAAGGAUGAUCAACAAUUCCGAAGGAAGCUUGCAUGGAAGGCUUUCCAACAUGUUGCUUCUUAUGAUUCUGCAGUUUCUGAAUGGCUUUGGAAGCAGACUUCUGAAGAUAAAUUCCCGCAGAGCUUAACGGUGCCUAUGUUGCUCAAAAGUCCCCUUCGUUAUGGUGAAAAUCCUCAUCAGAAGGCUGCAUUCUAUGUUGACAAGAGUCUUUCUGAGGUGAAUGCUGGUGGUAUUGCAACUGCUAUCCAACACCAUGGGAAGGAAAUGUCAUAUAAUAACUAUUUAGAUGCUGAUGCGGCUUGGAAUUGUGUGUCAGAGUUUCAAAGUCCUACCUGUGUAGUUGUAAAGCAUACAAAUCCCUGUGGUGUAGCUUCACGUGAUGAUAUUCUUGAAGCAUACAGGCUUGCUGUCAAAGCAGAUCCCGUGAGUGCAUUUGGUGGCAUUGUAGCGUUCAACAUAGAGGUUGAUGAGGCUCUUGCUAAGGAAAUUCGAGAGUUUAGAAGCCCAACAGAUGGCGAAACCCGGAUGUUUUAUGAGAUUGUGGUUGCACCCAAGUACACAAAGAAAGGGCUAGAAAUCCUCCGUGGAAAAUCAAAGACUCUAAGAAUCCUUGAGGCAAGAAAAAAUGAGAAGGGAAAGCUUUCACUUAGACAGGUUGGUGGUGGGUGGUUAGCCCAGGACUCGGAUGAUUUGACCCCCCAGGAUAUACAGUUUAAAGCUGUUUCUGAGAAGGCUCCACAAAAAAGUGAGCUUGCUGAUGCAGAGUUCGCAUGGUUGUGCGUCAAGCAUGUCAAAAGCAAUGCAAUUGUAAUAGCAAAGAAUAACUGCAUGCUGGGCAUGGGGAGUGGGCAGCCGAACCGCCUGGAGAGUUUACGAAUAGCCCUGAAGAAAGCUGGAGAAGAGGUCAAGGGUGCAGCUUUGGCCAGCGAUGCCUUCUUCCCAUUCGCAUGGAAAGAUGCAGUGGAAGAAGCCUGCGAAAGCGGAGUUAGUGUAAUUGCUGAACCCGGUGGGAGCAUUAGAGAUGGGGAUGCCAUAGACUGCUGUAACAAGUAUGGAGUUUCACUUCUUUUCACAAACGUUAGGCACUUUAGGCAUUGAUAACGAUUUUUGCCCUUGGUGCUUCCAUCUCAGGACCUUAGGUCUGAAUCUGUUGUUUCAAUCAUAUAACCAAGUUUUCUCGCGGUGAAGUUUUUGUAGACAUGCUUGUUUGAUAACGAGGCAAAUUAUAUGUUUUAUGUAAUCUGAAUGCAGAUUUCAUGCACCGAACCAAAGAUUUAUAAUCUAUCUAUGCUUGUUAUA